CAAUAUCGUUCAUUUCCCUUUCGUUCUCAAAUCCUCCGCUAGGGCUUUCAUUGUUACCAACAGUGCAAUCGGCACUCUCACAAUCGCAGGUCUCCCAAGCGAAUUCUUGAGGCAUUUGGAUUGGAGGGCGCCGCUUGGGGAGUAAAACCUAGCAAUUCUGUCUGAAUCGCGAUGCCGCGGCGGGGGGGUGACUACGAGGAGGACGACUUGGACCAGGAUGAGGAGUACGACGGCGUCGAUGAGGAGGAUGAGGAUGACUAUGACGACGGGGGAAAGACCAAGCGCAAGAGGAGUAGAUCGGAUUUUAUAGAUGAUUAUGCAGAGGAAGAUGAUGAAGAGGAGGAUGACGAUGAUGAGGAGUACGGAGGUGGGGGUGGAGGCGGGCGCGCCACAGGGAAACGGCAUAGGAAGGCCGCCUCGGAAUUCUUUGAUGAGGAGGCAGCUGUGGAUAGCGAUGAAGAGGAGGAAGAAGAGGAAGGCGAAGACGAUUUCAUUGACACUGGGGCUGAUAUACCUGAUGAGGAUGAUAGACGAAUUCAUCGCCGUCCAUUACUUCCUCGUGAGGAUGAGCAAGAAGAUGUUGAUGAGUUGCAGAGAAGGAUUCAGGAGAGAUAUUCAGCGAGGAGCAAUAAUUUUGAGUAUGAUGAUGAGGCAACAGAUGUUGAACAGCAAGCACUUUUGCCAUCUGUUCGGGAUCCCAAAUUGUGGAUGGUGAAAUGUCCGAUUGGCCGUGAAAGGGAAGUUGCAGUUUGCCUCAUGCAAAAGUACCUUGAUAAAGGGCUUAUCCACAUUUAUUCUGUCGUUACCCUCGAUCAUCUCAAGGGAUAUGUCUACAUCGAAGCAGAUAGAGAAGCCCAUGUUAGAGAGGCUAUUAAGGGCAUGCGCAACAUAUUUUCAGCCAAAGUAAUGCUUGUUCCAAUCAAGGAGAUGACAGAUGUUCUUUCUGUUGAAAGCAAAGCAAUUGAUAUUUCUAGGGAUACCUGGGUUAGAAUGAAGAUUGGUACAUAUAAAGGAGAUCUUGCUAAGGUCGUUGAUGUUGAUAAUGUGCGACAGCGAGCAACUGUGAAAUUAAUUCCAAGGAUCGACUUGCAGGCGCUGGCUAACAAGUUGGAAGGAAGAGAAGUUCCAAAGAAGAAGGCAUUUACACCCCCUGCACGGUUUAUGAAUAUUGAUGAGGCUAGAGAGCUGCACAUUCGAGUAGAGCGCAGGCGAGAUCCAGCCACUGGAGAUUAUUAUGAAAAAAUUGAGGGCAUGAUGUUCAAGGAUGGUUUCUUGUUCAAAAAUGUUUCAUUGAAGUCACUCACUACACAGAAUGUGCAACCAACUUUUGAUGAACUUGAAAAGUUUAGACAUCCUGGUGAAACAGGGGAUGGUGACAUGUCAAGUUUAUCUACACUUUUUGCAAACAGAAAGAAAGGCCAUUUCAUGAAGGGAGAUCGUGUUAUAGUUGUGAAGGGUGAUCUUAGAAACUUGAAGGGAUGGGUGGAAAAGGUUGAGGAAGAUACUGUGCAUAUUAAGCCAAGUGAAAAAGGCCUUCCUAAAACACUUGCAAUCAGUGACAAAGAACUCUGCAAAUACUUUGAACCUGGAAACCAUGUAAAGGUUGUGUCUGGUGCUACUGAAGGUGCAACUGGAAUGGUUGUUUCUGUUGAAGGUCAUGUGGUGAACAUAGUUUCAGACACGACAAAGGAACUUCUUCGAGUUUUUGCUGACAAUGUUGUGGAAAGCUCUGAAGUGACAUCAGGAAUUACUCGUAUUGGUGAUUAUGAGCUCCAUGAUCUUGUGCAACUUGAUGAUAAUAGUUUUGGUGUGAUCAUUCGAGUGGAGAGCGAAGCUUUCCAGGUCUUGAAAGGGGUUCCUGAGAGACCUGAUGUUGCCCUUGUAAGGUUGAGGGAGAUAAAAUACAAGAUUGAGAAGAGGAUUGCUGCGAAGGAUCAACACAAGAACGUCUUGUCAGUGAAAGAUAUUGUAAAAGUUGUUGAGGGUCCUUGUAAGGGAAAGCAAGGACCUGUUGAGCAUAUCUACAAAGGAGUUCUGUUCAUUUAUGAUCGUCAUCACCUUGAACAUGCUGGUUUUAUAUGUGUAAAAGCUGAGAGUUGCUUGAUGGUUGGUGGGUCGCUAGCAAAUGGUGAUAGAAAUGGUAAUGCACUGACCUCGAGCUUUGCUCAUCUUAAAACUUCUCCACGCAUACCCCAGUCUCCCAUGAGGUCACACAGAGGUGGCUCUAUGAAUUUCGGUGGAAGAAAUGGAGGCAGGCAUGGUGGUGGAAGAGGCCACGAUUCUUUAAAUAGGGCUUCUGUUAAGAUUCGCAUGGGGCAUUACAAGGGAUGCAAGGGCCGUGUAGUAGGUGUUAAGGGUAACAUGGUUCGAGUUGAGUUGGAAUCACAAAUGAAGGUGGUUACAGUUGAUCGAAGUCAUAUUUCAGACAAUGUCAAUGUUUCUACACCAUUUAGGGAAACAUCUAGAUAUGGAAUGGGAAGUGAAACCCCAAUGCAUCCCUCUCGGACUCCACUUCAUCCGUAUAUGACUCCUAUGAGAGAUUCUGCAACAACACCUAUUCAUGAUGGCAUGAGGACGCCCAUGCGAGACCGAGCAUGGAAUCCAUACACACCAAUGAGCCCCCCAAGGGACAACUGGGAGGAUGGCAAUCCUGGUUCGUGGGGAACUAGUCCCCAAUAUCAGCCAGGAAGUCCUCCAUCAAGAGCAUAUGAAGCACCUACACCUGGUUCUGGUUGGACAAAUACUCCGAGUGGCAAUUAUAAUGAGGCAGGCACGCCAAGGGAGAAUAAUGCAACCUAUGCAAAUGCCCCGAGCCCUUAUCUGCCAUCCACACCUGGUGGACAGCCACCGAUGACUCCAAGUUCAGCUUAUUUACCUGGUACACCUGGUGGGCAACCUAUGACACCUGGAAGUGGCGGUUUGGAUAUGAUGUCACCUGUUGUCGACAAUGAAGGACCUUGGUUACUCCCCGAUGUAUUGGUCAAUCUGCAUAAGCCUGGUGAAGAUUCUGUGGGAGUAGUAAGAGAAGUCCUUCCGGAUGGCACAUGUAAGGUUGCUCUUGGAUCGAGCGGGAAUGGUGAAAUUGUCACCGCUCUUCCCGGUGAAGUUGAGGUGGUGGUUCCGAGGAAGACAGAUAAAAUUAAGAUCAUGGGUGGGGGUCACCGUGGUGCUACUGGGAAACUCAUAGGUGUUGACGGUACAGAUGGCAUUGUGAAAAUUGAUGACACACUAGAUGUCAAAAUCUUGGAUAUGAACAUAUUGGCGAAGCUGGUUCAAACAUGACGUGACCACUGUCCCUUUAAUCAAUCCCCUCUGGGCGCAAUCUUUCCGCAUAAAAGCAUCAUAAGUUGCAGUUUUUCUAUAACAGUUGGUGGAGUAACCUUCGAAGCACCAGUAAGAACUUACAAGGCCUCUCCUCUCCACAUAUAUACUUCGGAUUAGUCUCGUUGCCAAGCCAAGGAAUUGAAGGUAAAGCCCUGUACCAUUCCAUUUAAUUUGUAAUGUGUGCUUGAAUCAUUGGAGCGGAGAAGUGAAUAAGGGGGCCUGGUGGCUAUUUUUUUUUUUGAAUCGAUAACACUGCUGCCUACUUUACGUACCAAUAUAGUUUGUAUAUUUAUAAGCCUGACUAAGGUAGUUAUAAAGUCGUCCUGCGCAUUUAAAUAGGGUUUGUUGUCGAUUGAUAUGUACACUAGGUUGGCGUAUCAUUGUCUCACCUCUCCCCUCCUGUGACCUGAACCUCUGCUUGCUUAGAAAGAUGGAUAAUUUUGUAUGACGAAACUGCAGUGUUUUAAAUCAUUGAGAUCGUAAUUUUAGUUGUUUCAAAUAAUAUUGUUUUAUUUGUCUGCAA